GUCGCACUUAGCUUAUUGGGUUGCUAGCUAACUUGCUUGCUGUCUUAGUCGGAUUGUAUUGUAUGUCAUAAUAGUAUUGCUGGGACAGGUGUUUCUAAUGUUAGGUAGACUAACUUCAUCGCUACGUGUUUGGCAGUUAUAUUAAAUAUUUAGAUGUGAUCUCUGUUUUAUAUGUAGUGUAUUCCCCGUUUAACUGUCGCAGGUAACUUUAGCCCGCUUACUUGCUAGCUAGCUUGGAGUAAACCUGUCAAAUUACGCCUGACACCAGGGAGGCGCCUAGUAAAACCUUCUGACGAUAUGCAAAUAAGAAGAGUGGCGAAUGUGGUUCUCAGUGUGGAGCAGCCAGAGGGCGUGGGAGCCCGAGUUCGCAGGAGCAUCGGCCGUAAGGAGUUGAGGAAUUUGGACCCCUUUUUGAUGUUAGAUGAAUUUAAAGUCAGCAAGCCUGCAGGUUUUCCUGACCAUCCACACAGAGGGUUUGAGACAGUGACCUACCUUCUACAAGGGCGUUUGGCUCAUGAAGACUUCUGCGGCCAUAGUGGAACACUGAAACCAGGGGAUUUGCAGUGGAUGACGGCAGGCCGGGGGGUGGUCCACGCGGAGAUGCCCAUGUCUGAGGAGCCUGUACAUGGCAUCCAGCUGUGGGUCAACCUGAGGAGGACAGAGAAGAUGGUGGAGCCACAGUACCAAGAACUGAAGAGCAGUGAGGUCCCCAAACCCAGCUGCGAAGGGGUCACCGUGGCUGUUAUCUCCGGAGAAGCACUGGGAAUGAAGUCAAAAGUAUACACAAGAACUCCAACAAUCUACCUUGACUUUAAGCUGGAACAUGGAGCAAAGCAUAUUCAACUGGUUCCUUUAGGAUGGACCACAAUUAUCUACACCCUCUCAGGAACUGUACAUGCUGGUCCUGAUGAUGAUCAGAAGAAAAUAGAACCACAUCACACUGUGGUUUUUGAAGAUGGAGACCAUGUGAAACUUGAAAAUAAGACAGCUGAAGUAUCCCACUUUGUACUCAUUGCUGGAGAACCAAUAAAGGAACCAGUUUUCCAAGCUGGUCCUUUUGUCAUGAACACUGAAGAGGAAAUUAAUCAAGCAAUCAGUGACUAUAAAUCUGGGACCAAUGGAUUUGAGAGGGCCAAGAUGUGGCAGUCCAAAAUCCGUCACACCUGAAUGUUCUGGAGUCACCAAUUCAAACAGAUUUGUAUAAAUUGUGACAUUUUUAAAAUUCUGUUGCAGUGUAAUAUUGAAAGGGUCUGCUCAUCUUAAAUUAGGUUUUUGUGUUUAUAAUGAAGUCUCUAUGAGCCUUAAGUACUCGUGUUUUGUGAUAUUUGCAGUGCAACCUUUGUGAGACUUUUUGUGCAAUUAAUGCUGACCACUUUACCUCUGA